AUGGGGUUCCAGCCGAGCCCAGCGCUGCUGGCCUCCCUCGGGGCGGGGCUGCUGACGCUGCUCGGCCUGGCUCUGGGCUCCUACUUGGUGCGGAGGUCCCGCCGCCCACGGGUCACUCUCCUGGACCCCGAUGAGAAGUACCUGCUGCGGCUGCUGGAUAAGACGACUGUGAGCCACAACACCAAGAGGUUCCGAUUUGCCCUGCCCACCGCCCAGCACAUUCUGGGGCUGCCUGUGGGCAAACAUGUCUACCUCUCAGCCCGAAUCGAUGGCAGCCUGGUCAUCAGGCCGUACACUCCUGUCACCAGUGAUGAAGACCAAGGCUAUGUGGAUCUUGUCAUCAAGGUCUACCUGAAAGGUGUGCACCCCAAAUUUCCUGAGGGAGGGAAGAUGUCUCAGUACCUGGACAGCCUGGAGAUUGGGGAUGUGGUAGAAUUUCGAGGGCCGAGUGGGUUGCUCACUUACAUGGGGAAAGGGAAUUUUAGCAUUCAGUCCAGCAAAAAGUCUCCACCAGAGCUCCGAGUGGUGAAGAGACUGGGCAUGAUCGCCGGCGGGACAGGAAUCACCCCGAUGCUUCAGCUGAUCCGGGCCAUCCUGAAAGACCCCGCAGAUCCAACCCAGUGCUCUUUGCUUUUUGCCAACCAGACUGAAAAGGACAUAAUCUUACGGGAGGACUUGGAGGAGCUGCAGGCCCAAUACCCCAGUCGCUUUCAACUCUGGUUCACUCUGGAUCAUCCCCCAGCAGAUUGGGCCUACAGCCAGGGCUUUGUGACUGCGGACAUGAUCCAGGAGCACCUGCCUUCCCCGGGGGACGACGUGCUGCUGCUUCUCUGUGGGCCUCCCCCAAUGGUGCAGCUGGCCUGCCACCCCAACCUGGACAAACUGGGCUACUCUCAAAAGAUGCGCUUCACCUACUGAUCGUCCCCUGGCUUCCCUGGUCCCGUUCCCGGCAAUGUUCCUGGUCAGUGCUCGCAUGCUGUAAGUCCUUGAUCUCUUUCCUGGAAGGGUAAGCCUCUCGUCCUUCUCUGAAGCUGAAAUCUGAUGGUACCUACAGGAACAGCAUCCUUGUAGCCCUGGAGAGAGCUAGGCCGAGGCGUUCCCUGGAAGGCCCCCCAAAUCUCCCUGUGACAAAAGGUCCAGGUCAGGCCAUGGAGCAGUCUCUUCCAUGGGUCAGGAAGAAGGAAGCAUGUACCUUCGUCCCAAGCCUGGCUAUUUCCUGGGUAGCAUCACACUCUUCUUUGUCUGUGUUGAAAGGAACAACCUAUGUAAUGGGUUUUACUUACUACUCGGUGCUUAACUGGUAGCAGAUUCUGUGAGUGCAAGUUGAGCAGACUUCUAAAGCUAAUCUUACAGAGGCUGCAGGAAAGGAGCAGGUGGUUUCUUCAGACCUGCAGGCCUCAGAGAGAGGAAUCUCAAAUAUGUAUUUGCAUGUCUGUCUCUUUCUGCCCAGCCCAGGCUAGAGGGAAGUGGCUACCCACAGUCUGAGACUGCUGCUUGUGGCAGGAACCUCUGGCUAUGCAAAUAAAUGGGCCAAGGCCCCAGUGUUAUACCUA